CGCUCCCGCUCUCUCCGCUCCGGGGCCCGUAGAACUAUUUUCCAUUGGGCGGGUUGGGGCCGCUCCGGGGGCUCCGGCUGCAGCGCGGUGCGGCGCUGGCCGGGCGCUGCUGGACGAGCGGCAGGAGCCGGAGGAUGCUGCGCUCCUGCGGGACACCGGGACGGCGCUGAGGCGUCGCCGUCGGCGCCUCGUAAUCAUGCCUCCAACUCAGAAUCCAGCAAGUUCACGCUGAGGUGUAUUCUCAAGUUGAGAUCCAGUGGCUCAUGUUUUUCUGGAUAACAUAAUCCAUGGAUAAAGUGGGAAAGAUGUGGAACAAUUUCAAAUACAGGUGCCAGAAUCUCUUCAGUCAUGAAGGUGGAAGCCAAAACGAAAACAUAGUUGUUAACUCCAGUAGUUGCUCGUCUGCUAAAGACAGAACUGUCCAGAUAACCGGUUUGGCUCAACAGCAACCCAGCAGCCCUCUGAGAGAAAACAUUGCUUUGCAGUUAGGUUUGAGUCCUUCGAAGAAUUCCGUCAGGCGGAACCAAAACUGUGUCACAGAGAUUCCUCAGAUUGUUGAAAUAAGUAUUGAGAAGGAGAACGACUCGUGUGUCACCACAGGAACUAGGCUUGCUCGAAGGGACUCUUAUUCUCGUCAUGCUCCUUGGGGUGGGAAGAAGAAACAUUCCUGCUCUACCAAAACCCAGAGCUCUUUGGAUACUGAGAAAAGAUUUGGUAGAACGCGAAGUGGCUUGCAGAGGAGAGAGAGGAGGUAUGGAGUCAGUUCUGUCCAUGAUAUGGAUGCAGUGUCAAACAGGACAGUAGGCAGCCGUUCUCUGCGACAGCGUCUACAGGAUACUGUUGGACUGUGUUUUCCCAUGCGAACUUACAGCAAACAGUCCAAACCUCUGUUUUCUAACAAAAGAAAGAUCCAUCUCUCUGAACUAAUGCUUGAGAAAUGCCCUUUUCCUGCAGGCUCAGACCUGGCUCAGAAGUGGCAUCUGAUUAAACAGCACACGGCUCCCGUGAGUCCGCACUCAACAUUUUUUGAUACGUUUGAUCCUUCCUUGGUUUCCACAGAAGACGAAGAAGACAGGCUGAGAGAGAGGCGUAGACUCAGUAUCGAAGAAGGGGUUGAUCCCCCUCCCAAUGCCCAAAUACAUACUUUUGAAGCUACAGCACAGGUUAAUCCGUUAUAUAAACUGGGACCAAAGUUAGCCCCCGGUAUGACUGAGCUGGCCGGGGACAAAAAUGCAACUCCUCCAGGAAACUGCGACUCUGAAGAAGACACGACAACACUUUGUCUACAGUCGCGCAGGCAGAAGCAGCGCCAGAUGUCUGGAGAGAGCCACGGCCAUAUCAGCAAGCAGGGGGCUUGGAAGGUGCACACUCAGAUCGAUUACAUCCAUUGCCUUGUGCCAGACUUACUUCAGAUCACAGGUAACCCGUGUUACUGGGGUGUAAUGGACCGUUACGAAGCAGAAGCACUUCUGGAGGGUAAACCCGAAGGCACUUUUUUGCUCAGGGAUUCUGCGCAGGAGGACUACCUCUUCUCUGUGAGCUUCCGUCGUUAUAACCGAUCGCUACAUGCACGCAUUGAGCAGUGGAAUCACAACUUCAGUUUUGAUGCCCACGAUCCUUGUGUGUUUCACUCCUCCACUGUUACAGGGCUUCUGGAACACUACAAAGACCCUAGCUCUUGCAUGUUCUUUGAACCAUUGCUAACUGUAUCUCUGAACAGGACCUUUCCCUUUAGUCUGCAGUAUAUCUGCCGGGCAGUAAUCUGCAGGUGCACUACGUAUGAUGGAAUUGAUGACCUUCCAUUGCCUUCAAUGUUGCAAGACUUUUUAAAGGAGUAUCACUAUAAACAAAAAGUCAGGGUGCGAUGGCUGGAGCGGGAACCUAUAAAGACAAAGUAAAAGGAAAUCAGAGUCUCCAGUAAGCUUACAGAACAUGCUUUUUCUUGUGUGUUACAGUUUAACUGCAGCGAACGCACCAACAACGUCUAGCUUUUUUGCAAUAUCCUAUUGAAGCUGAGUGUUAGUAUCCUGUCAGAUGCUGCCUGCUGUUAAUCAAACGAAGUCGUGAUGCCUCUUGGAAACAAUAAGCAGACACAAUUCUGCACGUUUUUCAUUAAGGCCUAGUGAAAAUAUUUUUGCUAAUUCCUAAAUAUUUUGUUUUUAUAGCUGUAGUAAUUGGAUGAAGAAACUAUGAGGCAUUUUCCAUGGGGCAUUCGUGUAAUGCUAAUGAAGAAAGACUUUAUUGGAGGAGCAUUUUUGCUCAUAUUUAAAGUAUUUUUUUAAGCACCGUCUUUAAAUAUUUCCACUACUCAAAGUACUAAUUGAGCUCACAGUUAAGUUUCCGAACAAUAAUAAAUAAGAGUAUAUUCUCUUUUUAUCAGGAGCAGUUCACAAGAAGCAGGGAUAACCUGCAGUCCAUUGAGAGUUAAUGGGGUUUUUUGGAUGCUAGCAGAUGAAUCAUGCUUUUCUCAGUGUAUAGGGUUUCCUAAUGAUUAAGACUUGAAUAUGCCUGCUCAGUACUGUACUUCUAUUUUAAACACUUGGAGAUUUAAGUGGCAUUGUUAGCAAAAGUAAUGCUGUCUUGGACAGCUGAAUACCUUCCAGUGUGAGUUAUUGAUUCAGUGGCAGGAUGCAGAAUUGGUUUAUAGCCAUGAAAUGAAAGUUUUUGUAUUUUUCUAGAGCCUAACUACUUGUAAUUUACAAUGGAAGGUAAUAGUGAAGAGAAAAUGUUUGCUUUUUUUAUUUAAAACUGUCUGAUAUUUUUAUGGAGAAAAUUACAAGUGGUUGAAUUAUAAUCAGAAUACAUAAUCUGACAUAUCUGAAAUGUCGGAUUUCAAAGGUACUGUUACACUUUAUUUGUAAAUAUCUUUCAAUUUGUGCUUUUAAAAAUGUUUUAAAAGUAAUAUGCACUGAUAAUAGUUUCAACAGAUUACUUGGAAGCAAAAUUCUGAGUUCUGUUUGCUUAUUUAAUUGGAGAUGGAACUUCAAAUAGUUCCAUCUUAGACAUUUUUGCACUAAAAUUUUGUUGGAAUGCCCUGUCCCCUGUUCAGUGUUUUGUACGAAUUAUGAGUGCUCCCUAGUUUCUUUACCAGCUGCUACAGUAUGUUAUUACUUACUUCUCUAUGGCAGUGACCUGUGUGAGGUAGGGAACAUUCUGGCUGCAAGUACAAUAAACAUUAUUCUUGUAUGCUACACUAACCCUUCUAUUGAUGUAUUUUUCUGCUUGCUGUGCCUUGUUCUGGCUUUUUGUGCUAAUAAAGUACAGUAUGUUCAGUGUUAUACUUGUAUAUCUGCUCCGUUUUUAUAUAUUCACAUAACUUGUAGCAGUUAACUGAAUUUUUAAUAGGCUUUUCUUAGUGUAGGUAAUGCACAAAUACUGUGCAGCUGAGUACUGGUCGGCACACCGUAUUCCUGAGUUCUGUUAUGUUGUGUAUCAGAAACCAGACAGUGUACAUCAUUGAAUGUUUCUGUAGUCACUGCGAAAUAAUGAACUUGUCUGCAGGCAUCCAGCAUUUUGAAGGUUUUGUAAAGUAUCGGUGUUUAGCAAAAGAAUAUUCUUAAAACAUUAUCGGUCCCCUGUAAUAGUUGCUGAAUGUGUUUUAGCCUGUUACGUAGCUAACUGCUUAGCUUAGGAUUUUGAUACUCCCCAAUGAGUAAGGAAUGAUUAUUCCUGUAAAUUGACAGUACAGCAGCGGCAUUUGUUCACUUUUAGACUAUUUUAAUAAAUAGAUGUAUACACAAACUGGCCAAAUGUCCUGUUUUUACCAAAGAAUACUGUCAAUUUAUGUUGGGGUAUUUUUAUAGUGAAAAACUGAGAGUGGAAAGGUGCAAUUUCUGGUCUAUCAAAUAUUUAACCUGAGCUACAAUAAUAAACCAAAGCAUUUGUUGACAACUUCAUCUGAACUUAAGCAAUGUAUACGUUUGUAUUGGUGGAGCUUGAAACUUUUACGUCAAGAGUGUCAUCAUUUUGUUUCUUGAAUACGCAAUGUAUCUGAAGAAGAAUGAUUUAAAUAAUUUUGUAAUGACUGGAACAGCACUACGUAGAACAUUAUACUGAAAGGGGUUGAUUUGGAGCACCCAGAAAGCACUUUAAAAUGUGUUUGUAUGGUCGUGGAAAACCUGUGAUCCCGUUACACAUUCUUUGUAGUAGGUUAUCUUCUUUCUUAUCUGUUAAGACUUCAACUGUUACGGUGAAACUUUGUAUGUAAAUACUAAGUUUAUGUAGGUAUGUGUACAAAUGUGCUAAUGGUCACUUCAGUUUUAAAGUGUAUGUGUGUCCUUGGAUAUGCAACUCCUGGUUUAAAACCUACUCUUAGCAUUGAAAGAGGAAAAAAUUCACCAGCAUGAAAUUGCACCCAAGUGUCCCUUCAUUGUGUCGUUCUCACUGUUCCCUUGAUCAGAUCUGAAUUCCAGAUGAGAUUACUUUAAACCUUGCUUUUAGUAGUAAUAGCACACAGUUUAACCUGCAACCAAGUUUCAUCCCAAUGUAAGGACCUGUCUUUUGUUUACAGCAGUUGCAGUAUUGCUAGUCAUAAACUGGCUGAUGAGAUCCUCGCUGUAACAUUAGCAGUGUGGUCAGGAAUACACAUUCAUUUCAGAUUUUUGUGUAGUAAAUAUUGAGAGAAAAAAAAAAUUAAAAAACAACUCAAACCUUAA